AUGGACCCCUAUCUGGAACUCGUUGAAUCUGCUCGACUCGAAACCCAAUUCCGCCGCGACGGCACCGUCCACACAUACCACGAGUCUGGAAAGCACGCGAGCCAGCGAAGGCUCCAUCGAGAAGAGACCUGGCAAUACCAGAAGACUAUUGGCCAAGGCGCAUACGGAUCAGUAUGGUUGGAGAAAUGUGCGACGGAACAGGAAAUCAAGGUGCGCGCUGUUAAGAUGAUAAGGGAGUUUGAGCCGGACAGGCCGUCGGAGUCUACUGGUCGGGACUUUACUCGUGAGCUUGGAGCUGUGACGAAGUUCUCUCACCCCAAGUACGAGCCUUGCUUCGUGAAAUCCUUCGGGUGGUAUGAGAACCCGGAAGCAAUAUUUAUUGCAAUGGAGUAUCUCAAUCAUGGCGACCUUCAAACUUACCUCAAUCAAAUCCCGCGAUUAUCAGAGCCGGAAGGCCGAGAAAUAACUUUCCAAAUCCUCGAGGGCUUGCACUGUAUGCAUCAGAAUGAAUUCGCACACAGGGAUCUGAAACCUGGCAACAUCCUUAUUAGGUCUAUGCCGCCAGACAACUGGUGGAUCAAACUUUGUGACUUUGGUAUCAGUAAGAAUCUCGCUGACGACUUCACGAAGUCAACCGUGAAGGGCACACUUGCAUACAUGGCGCCCGAAUUACUGGAAAAGGUUGAUUCAGUGAAGGAACGCAAUUCCCGAAACAACCAAGCAGCGGAUAUGUGGGCCUUGGGUGAGAUUGUGGUCCGAAUGCUGACAGGAGAACCGACUUUCACAAGCCCACUCAUGUUGUUGAAAUAUGUUGAAAGAUCUCCACCUUUGCCUCUAGAACGUCUUGAGGAACUUCAGAUUACGGAUGAGGCUUGUCUUUUCGUGAGAAGUUUGAUGAAAGUUCCUCCGGAAGAGCGGUUAACUUCACAGGAAGCGCUGCGCCAGAACUGGAUGAGUAUAUACGAAUCUCCAGUUCUAGAAAUGCCUGGUUCUAACGCUCUGAGGCAUGUAACAUGUUCGAACAUUCUGUUUGUCUAG